GCUGACUGAACCAACAGGAAGACAAGCAGAGCAGUAUUUCCCUCUGACGCACGGGUAACUCUACUAUUUAUUCAUUGUGUUUGUCAACAAAACGAACUGUAAUAAAAAUGGAAGCUAUCGAUUUUAGCAGAUUACGCUAUGAAGAAGACCAAAGCAAAAGAAGUCAGCAAAACUGAGAAGGAGUUUGUGUUUGAGUUCAAGGCAGGGAAACACAACUGCCUUCUCAAAGUGCCUCUGCAGUUCCCUGUUGAAGAGAACAUCAGUGACCUUCAUGGACGUUUGAUGCUGCUCCAUAAAAUACCAUGCUACAUUGAAAAUGAGCUGAAAGUGUCUUUGUCUGACUUCAUUGAGAAGGAGACCAUUUUAGAUUACGACUGGGAAGCGGAAUUGGCCCUGCAGAGACUCACAACAGGCCAUGUAGACAUAAACCAGCUCGCCAAUGCGUGGGCCAGAUCCUACGUGGAGACCACGCUAGAGCAUGCUCGACCCGAGGAGCCCAGCUGGGAUGAGGACUUUGCCGAUGUUUACCACGAGCUGAUCCACUCACCUGCCUCGGAAACACUCCUCAACCUGGAGCAUAACUACUUUGUCCGCAUAUCCGAGCUUAUCAGUGAGAGAGACAUGGAGAUCAAGAAGAUACAGGAGAGGCAAGCUGCAGAGAUGGACAAAGUGAUGCAUGAGUUGGGGAAUACACUGAGUGACCAUGAUGUGAAUACAGUGGCUUCACAGCACUUUGAUGCACAACAGGUGCUGGAGAACAAGUGGGCCAGUGAAUUGAAGCAAGUGACCUGUAUUCAAAAGCAGGAGUAUCAGGAGUGGGUCAUUAAGCUGCACCAGGACCUGCGGAAAUCCAACAACAGCAGCAAAAUUAAUGAGGAGAUAAAGGUGCAGCCCAGCCAGAUGGUGGAGCCUUCUGAAUCAGGUGGCAGGAUGUUUGAGGAGCAACCUCAACUGGAAGAGAGCUUCACUAUUCAUCUAGGAGCACAGCUGAAGACAAUGCAUAACCUUCGACUGGUGCGGGCUGAUGUGUUGGAUUUUUGUAAGCACAGACAUCACGGUAGCGGCGGAGCAAAGUUGCGGCGCCUUCAAACGGCCCUUUCACUCUAUUCAUCUUCACUUUGUGGUCUGGUACUGUUGGUUGACAAUAGAGUCAACUCCUACAGUGGCAUAAAGAGAGAUUUUGCAACAGUGGCGAAGGAGUGCACGGACUUUCACUUUCCUGCUCUGGAGGAGCAGCUGGAGGAGGUUCAGCAGGUGGUGCUCUACGCUCGAGCCCAGCGGAGCAGCAAGCAGAAAGAACAAGCUGAGAUCCCGAGGAAUGGAAGUGAUGACAAAAGCAAAAAUGUUGAAAGAAAUCCGUCCAAUAUCUCACCAGGCGAGUUCUACGUCUCGCGGCACUCCAACCUGUCCGAGGUCCAUGUGGUCUUCCAUCUGUGCGUGGACGACAACGUGCGUUCUGGGAACAUCACGGCCAGGGACCCGGCCAUCAUGGGCCUGAGAAACAUUCUGAAAGUCUGCUGCACGCAUGAUGUCACCACCAUCACUGUCCCGCUGCUGCUGGUGCAUGACAUGUCAGAGGAAAUGACCAUACCGUGGUGUUUGAAGAGAGCUGAGCUGGUGUUCAAAUGUGUCAAAGGUUUCAUGAUGGAGAUGGCGUCGUGGGACGGAGGCAUUUCACGCACUGUACAGUUCCUCGUGCCAAAGACCAUUUCAGAGGAAAUGUUCUACCAGUUGAGCAACAUGCUGCCUCAGAUCUUCCGCGUCUCGUCCACAUUAACGCUCACAUCAAAGCCCUGAUGGGUACCGACUGACCACUACAUACUGUACUAAAGGUGCAUCCAGUGAGCUUCAUGUCUUAAUGUGUUUAACUGUGUUUUUUUUGUACUGAAAAUGGAAAAAAACAAAAGAGCCCUGGUUACAGAGACUUUACCGGAGUUAUUAAUCCUGCUUAUGAGGGCUGUGUGUAAAGCUGCAUAUCGUACUGAAAGACGACUGGAUCCCACAGCUCACCAAACCAGCUGUUGCAAUUAUCAUUUCAAACCUCCGGGGUGCAGCUCUGUUGACAGACUUUUAGAACAUCAGCAACCAACCAAAGCUUGUGUACUUCAGUUAAUUUCCUCAAAGCUGCCUAUCUGAAUGAAGCUUACUGCUUGUUUGAGCCGCAGUAUAAUGCUGCAUCCAAUGCCGUGUUAAUGCAUCUCAAUGGGAGGCAGCGUAAAUGUUUGUGGAACCUCCAAAGUUCAACCCAGUCUGGAACACUGGUCAACCUCAGAUGUUUCAAGUGUUUUCUAUAAGAAAUAAUGUCAAAAAAUAUUCAUUAAUAGUCAGCUUUAGGGUCAUGUUUUUAUUAACUGUAUAGGCGCUGUUUUUAAGUAAUUCUUGGCACUCCUAAAAAUAUGAAAACAAGGAAAUGGCUGGCACUGCAGGUGGUCCGUGGGUUACAAACCCUUAGUGUUAGUUGGAACUCACACCUAAAUGAACUCCUGAGUCACUCACACUGUACACAGAACACAUUUGUGUAUUAUAAAUGUAUUUUCUGUAUGAUUAUUUGAACAUUUUAUUAAGUGGAAAUAGCUGAAUUUGCACAUUUCCUGAUCAAAUAUCAGGCAGAAACCUAAACCUGAGGCUGCCUCGAGCGUCUCCUCUCGGUUUCGUAAGUGCAGAGUUGGAUUAUGGCCCCUCGCGAUUUCGGUUUGUCAGCAUGUCACCAAUCAUAUAAUGUUGCAGAAACAUUUAUUAUACACCAUGACUUUAUACAGCCUGUUUAAUGUCUUUAAUGCAAGUUUGACAUCAUUAUUCUUGCUAAUCAGACAAUAAAAUACAAAUGUAUAUACAGUACAUGGAGGUGCUUGCAGUACUCGCUUCAUCCUAAAGGUGUGGAUGUGUGUGUGAGCUGGAAGGUGCUUGUCACUGCCGGCCUUCCAUAGAGAGAGAGGAAAAUCAGCAGCAGCGCCAGCUGUCUAGCAGAAAAUCAAAUGCACUAAAGAUGUUUUUAUGCUCUGCUGAAUGAAUGGAUGAAUUUGCCUGCCAAGAUGGAGGACUAUAUAUCCAAGCUAAACAGGAGGUUGUCAGACUUAUGCAACAAAGUAUCAGAAUUUUUCCUGGAGAAGGAUAGUGUGAAUGUACUUCAUAUACAGAUAAAAGGUAACACAAAUCUAAAUAAAUGGGAUCAAGAAGCAUUUGAAAACAUUUUUAGCCAAAGUGAAUUAUUCUCUUCUCUCCCUUACUUUCCUCGUAUUGAGAAACAUGUGUUAACUCCAAAGGAACCUGACCAGCCAUGAACCUCCUUGCACGUCACCGCAAUAAUCUUUAUCCUUAAUGAUGGUCGCGACUGUUGAGCGGCCAGUAUUGGCGGGCAUGUCUCCGCUCGCUGAGCUCAUUAUGAUGUUCACUUUCACUUCUAUGAUCAUGGCUUUCCUUUUCUUUGGCUCACUGCAUCUUGGGAGACAUAAUGAAGUGUAAAAGUUAACUAGUGAGAGAUUAGGAUAAGCAUUCUUGCCGUAUCAGGCGUGUAUUCUUUUGCUGUGUACGCUGUCAGUAGUUUUCGAGCGAGUCUCGUGUUUACAGACCAAAAUUGAGUUUUAAAUUAGUAUAUGGGAGCGUGUUCAUAACCACGUAAACCAAGGACCUUGUGUACAGAAAAACUGAAGGAUGCAGGGGGCCAAUUUGAGAGAUUAUGUACAUUAAAGACGCUUAACCCAAUCCAAUGUUGUUCAAUGUAUGCUUAGCUGUCUGAACAAAACGUCUGCAUCUUAACUUC